GGUGGCAGGUGACGCGCGAUGGCAGGCGACCGACGAAUUAGGACCCUGGGGCUGAGGAAAUAUUUAAUGCUGAGAUUGCAGCCCACCAAGCAUUCCUCGACACUCCGAAGUUGCAAUCUAGUAAAAUUGGUUCCCGUCGAACAUACAGCCAGCAUCAUUGAGUUCAUCUUCUACCUGUGGCGCAACAACAAACUCGUAUCGGCACUCCAAAAGAGAAGAAAACAACAGGAGUACAGGUGGAAAGAAGAGCAAGCGUAAAUAUGUUGAUGAUCCCUUGGCGGCUUCUGCUACUGCUUCUAAUGGCGCCUGCUGGAAUUUUUGCCAAGCAGUUUCCAUUUGACUCGUUUGUGACACCGAAACUACAGGAUGUGUUAAUGGAGAGAGAAAAAUUGUUGAAUGACGCUUUGAGCUCUGAUGACGUCAUUUCCGUUUCUCGGCGCCAAAUGGAACAAAUUCCUUCGCAUUUACCUGAAUUUUCUGAACCGGAACCAACAUGUGCUGAACUACGUGCUGUAUGGCGCCAUAUGAGACGAAUGGCACGUCAUAGUGAGAUAACAAAUGAAAUACCUACCUUCCCCGUGACGUCAUAUCCACAAGGUUUUUUUGGUUACCUAGUUGAUAAGCCACGUUCUUCGAUCUUUCCAAAAACAAAACCCUCAAACCGAAACCGAUCAAGUCUUCGUGUACCUGUUGAAGUCUAUGCUCCAGAGUAUCCUAAGUUUGGAAAAAUCUUAAGAGGACCUGUAGAUGCUAGCCGAAUGAAGAGUAGUGCAAAGACUGGGGCUAAAUCUAAUCGUUAUUAUAACAACAAAUACAGAAAAACGGGUAAGAACCGCUACGAUAAGACCCGCUACAAAUCAAAACCAGUCUCACCCAAUUCCAUUAAUAGCGUUUUGUCUGGCACUUUUGCCAAUAGUCCCUUUCCUGAAGAAACUCUAGGCGUGUUUGGUACUGUUGUCAAUAGCCCUGAAGAAAAGGCUUUUCUGGAGAAACAACGCUAUCUGGCGAAAUCAAACAAGUUUCAUGGAGUUCCAAACCGGAAAUUUUCCAGUAGAAAAUACAUGAAAGGGGCUUUGGCCUACGGAUCCAUCAAAGAAAAACAGAAAGACAAGUACAAAUAUGGUAGUAUCGUACGUGAACCGCCUUCUGGUGGACAUGAAACAGGCCUAGUACUUCCUGAAGAAGAAGAAAAGAAACUGAAUGAAAUGGGUGCAUUUGGUCGAGUAGUUAACAGGGCUGUUGGCUUUGGCCCGGACCAGGAAAGUUGUGAAAGACUGGAGGGCGAGCCUUGCCGACAAGACGAUGACUGUUCCUGUCUCGGUAACGAGUUACAAUGCAUUCUUGCCUCUUGUCAAUACGGUACAAUGUCCCAGAGAAUGUCUGCUGAUGUCUAUGGAAUGUGGCAGGAUGAGCCUUUGUCUUCAGCAAUUAUCGGAAUUCCUCGUGUAUAUCCGGAAACUUCGAGAACAAUCAGAAUGUGAAGCAAGCAUAGCAAAGAAGAAAGAUACACUGGAUACCGCGAACAAGAGGACUUGCUGGGUUCGAGAUUAUUUCAGUUUCUAACUUUUCGACUAUCAAGUGCCCGUCACAUACUACGAUUUCAAUUUACCAUCAAACUAGGUUCUAUGACAACAGGAACAAUUUACGUGGUUUACGUUAUAAAACAGGCUUUCAAGAAGCGAACCCCUCAUCUGACCAGCAAGAAAAUUAUUAUUUAUUCUUUAUUUUAUCCACUUUGUAACUCUCUGUCCUAACUCUAGCCUUCGUGUUAUUUGACCUGAGUUCCGGCUCUCCUUUAUGAGACUAUCUAAUAUAUUUAUCUUGACUCUAAGUAAAAUCUGAUCUGGAUUUUUACUCAUUAUUGAUAGGACUUCAAGUUCUUAAUGAUCUUAUCCUUAAAUUACCUUGAUGCAGUGUCUGUCUCACGUUUCAUUCGAUUUCAAGUUGAUCCUUUACGAACUUCAUGUGACCCUAAUUUACUUUAUGAAAUUAAUGCAAGUCUCUUGUAAAUCUUAGCUUAUUCGAUAUUAGCCUUAAUAUCUAGCACCCAAAUACAUCGUUGAUCAGUUUAAUCUCGGUUUUCUAGAAAUACCCUUGACUUGACCUUAAUAUCAAGUUUAUCCCACAGGUACUUACAUAUCAGCCAAUCCUCUAUCAGGCAAAAUAUAUAUAUAAUAAUGAAAUAUAUCUAUACAUGUAUAUUCAUAUCGUUUAAUCUAUAUUUUCCCCUUUAUUACGGUGCUCUUUUUUUUAUUGUGAACACGAGUGUACAGAGUAACCCGAAAUGUCAAAUUAUUUUCAAACAAGAUGUAUAUUCAUCAAUCUAUGUCUUGAUAUCUUAAUCCCGAUAGCUUUUAAUUAGGGAUGUCUAUAUAUAUGUGUGUGUGAGUGUUUGUAUGUAUAUGUGUGUAUAUAUAAAUAUAGGCAUUAAAAUGCAUAUAUAUAUAUAUAUCAUAAUAAAGCCACUGUUACCUACUCAAUGUCAAUGUAAGUGUAACCAUUAAAGAAUAAUAAAAACC